CUCCUCUUUCUGCCGUCGCUCUAGCUUGCUGCCUUCCCAGGGCGAAGCAGUCGCCCAGCGCGCAAAUAACAGAUGCGGGUAAAAGAUCCAGCACGGGUUAUCCCUGACAAAACCAAGAGACACAAAAAGUUAAAUCAGCAUCAGGAUGAAGACUCUUCAGAUGACAUUGCAGGUCUGACAUGCCAGCAUGUAAGCCAGGCAGUAGAUGUGCAUCAUGUGAAGAGGGCAGUAGCUCAAAAUGUCUGGUCAAUAUGCUCAGAGUGCUUAAAGGAAAGAAGACUACAUGAUGGCGAGCCAGUAAUGCCUUCUGACAUAUGGCUGUGCCUCAAAUGUGGUACACAGGGCUGCAGUCAAAACUCAGAAGGUCAGCAUUCCCUAAAGCAUUUCCAAACUGCACGGGCAGAACCUCAUUGCAUUGUAAUCAACCUCAGCACAUGGAUCGUAUGGUGUUAUGAAUGUAAUGAAGAGCUAUCAACGCAUUGUAAUAAGAAGGCUUUGGCGCAGAUAGUUGACUUCCUCCAAAGACAUGUUACCAGGAAUGAAUCAAGUUCAUCAUCAAAAAUUAUAAGGCUACAUGAAGAAAACAAUGAAGCAAGUGACAUAUUAAAGGAAAAAGGCAUCGGUUCCAGUUGGGCAUCUGUUCCAGUUAAAGGCAUUAAUAAUUUAGGAAACACAUGCUUCUUUAAUGCUGUCUUGCAGAAUUUGGCCCAGACACACAUGUUAAAUGAAUUAAUGUGUGAAAUGAAAGAAAAGGGGACAAAGCUAAAAAUUGGACAGAGUCCAGCAUCUCAACUGGACCCUUUGGUAGUGAACCUUUCAAGCCCUGGGUCACUGACUUCAGCUAUGUUCCUGUUCCUUCACAGCAUGAAAGAGACUGCAAAGGGACCUCUUUCUCCCAAAGUUCUUUUCAGCCAGCUCUGUCAAAAGGCUCCUCGGUUUAAGGGAUUUCAGCAACAGGACAGCCAAGAAGUUCUCCACUAUUUGCUGGAUGCAAUGAGAAUAGAAGAAACAAAGCACAUACAGGCUGCAAUCUUAAAAGCAUUCAACAAUCCAACCCCCAAAACGGCUGAUGAGGAGACAAAAAGAAAAGUCAAAGCCUAUGGAAAAGAAGGUGUGAAGAUGAACUUCAUAGAUAGGAUCUUUGUUGGUGAAUUGACUAGCACUAUCAUGUGUGAGGAAUGUGAAAACAUUUCCACAGUAAAGGAACCUUUCAUUGAUCUUUCACUCCCUAUAAUCGAAGAGAGGAUCUCAAAACCUGUUCCUUUUGGAAGGACAAGUAAAAGUAAACAUAUACAAGAAGCAGAUCUUGAUCAAUACAGCUGUUCUAUUACUGCCCUGAAUAAUCAACAAUCAAAACGAUCUAGAAAACAUUCAUUAACAAAGGACAAGAACCAGGUCAAUCAUGAAAGAAGACUUGCCAAGAAAUCCUCCUCCGGUGAAGAAGGAACAAGCCCUCUUAUUAUGCGUGACCAAAUCAGAAACGCUGCAGCUGAAGGCAGAGCGAGUGCUUCAUGGGCUAGAGAUGGCAAGGCGGUAACGGAAGCUGCAGCAAACGGAAGCCAGACUGAAGGCAGUGAAAAAGAAGCCAGCCGUUCGGAAAGCAGCAUCGAUGCAGACAGCGAGGCCUCUGAAAGCGAAAGUGCUUCUCAACAAACCGCUUCCAACAGAACAGGUGGCACACCUGCCUUGUGCGCCGACGGGCAUCCACACUUACCUGCAAAUCUUAAAUUGCAAUACGGCAGAUCAAGCGAGGGCAAGACAGAGGCGCUUGCUAGUGCCUUAGCGAAACUCCGCCUUGGCAGCGCAGCCAGUGAGGCUGAAGGGCCCCUCGGUCGGGAUUCGCUGUGCAGCUUGUCAAACAACGGCGUCGCCUUUUCAGAAGAGAAGCCCCUGUUGUUGCAAAGCCCUCAAAAUGCUUUCCAGACCCUUUCCCAGAGUUAUAUAACUAGUUCUAAAGAAUGUUCCGUUCAGUCGUGCCUCUACCAGUUCACGUCGGUGGAGCUGUUAAUGGGAAACAACAAGCUUUUGUGUGAAAAAUGUACGGAAUGGAAACAGAAGCACCAGAAGAAAGUGAAUUCCGCAGAAAAGAAGAUAGAAGGUAUAUAUACAAACGCCAGGAAGCAGCUACUAAUUUCUUCUAUUCCAGCCGUUCUUGUUCUGCAUCUGAAAAGAUUCCAUCAGGCUGGUGUGAGUCUUAGGAAAGUAAACCGACAUGUGGAUUUCCCACUAGUUUUGGACUUGGCUCCAUUUUGUUCUGUGUCCUGCAAGAACGUGAUGGAUAGUGGGAAAGUUUUCUAUGCUCUUUAUGGUAUAGUGGAGCAUAGCGGGUCAAUGCGAGGAGGUCAUUAUGCAGCAUAUGUGAAAGUCAGAUCACCAUCCAAAAAGGUUUUGGAGCACAUUUCUAGCAACAAAAAUGUUCAAGGUGUAAAAGAAUCUGUAGGAGCAUCUGUAGGACAGUGGGUAUACGUCAGUGAUACCCAUGUACAAGUGGUUCCAGAAUCCAGAGUAUUAAAUUCACAAGCUUACUUGCUUUUCUAUGAAAGAAUGCUGUAGUUAAAUCAAGACUGAAAACAUGAAAAUGAUACCUGUUAUUUAGGCUUAGUCAAAUGCAUCAGAAAAUUACAGUACACCUAAAUGUUGUGCCUUUUUCUCUUCUGUAAUAUAAAAUUCACUAUGAUUUCUUACUCUUAUAACUAUGGCUUGGAUCCAGAAAAGCCUGUGUGUUGUAUGAGCUGGGUCAAAGCACUUUCAGGCCUACACAGGUGUGAUGGCCAACUUUGCUGUCUGGCAGCCACCUAUCUUACCAUAGAGGAUGCUGCUUCAGUAGGUCCCUAAGUAUUUGGUGCUUUUCUGAAGAUUGUGUAGGGUUGCCAUUAGAAGGGAGGGAAUGAACAUCGUGCUUCUCUGAUCUGAAGCCCACGUGUUUAUUAUUUAAAUUCCCCCAAAAUAAUUUGUAAUAAUGCAUUCUGAAACUGAAAAUUUAUAUUUCAGUGUUGGUCAGCAACAUCAGUAUGCUUUUUAAAAACAUUCAUUGGAGAAAUUAUAUUGGUAAGACUGAGUAGUGCUUGGAUUUUCCUUAAUGCAAGUUUACUGGCUCAUAACUAUGGCUGGGUAGCAUAUUUGGUACUUGAAUUUUCUUGAAAAUACUGCUGUAUGAUAAGUUACAAACUCAAUAAAUGGAAAGAAGCUAUUUCAAGAAACAAAAUCAUCAUGAGAAAAUGCUAAGAUAUACUACUAUGCAUUAAACAAUAAAUACAUUCAAAAAAGGCA